AAGCUAGCUAUAGCUCCCCCAUGGCAGCUAUGGCGCUCUCCAUCGCCACUUUGGCAGUCUUCUUCUUCCUCGCCAUGCUCUCCGGCGGUGACGCAGCGGUAGUCGAGCACACAUUCGUCGUGAGCCAGGUGAGGAUGAACCAAGCGUGCAAGGAUACGCUGGUUACGGUGGUCAAUGGACAGGUCCCCGGCCCGGCAAUCGAGGUGACAGAAGGUGACUCCGUGGUUGUUCAUGUCGUAAAUCAGUCGCCACAUGGACUAACAAUCCAUUGGCAUGGGGUGAAGCAACGGUUAAACUGCUGGGCAGAUGGAGUAGGGAUGGUAACACAGUGCCCGAUCCAACCAGGCAGAAAUUUCACUUACCGGUUCAAUGUCGUCGGGCAGGAGGGCACGCUGUGGUGGCACGCCCAUGUUGCGUUCCUCCGGGCAACUGUCCAUGGCGCUCUCAUAAUCCGGCCGAGAUCCAGAGAAGUCGGCAAAUUGUACCCAUUCCCCAAGCCCCACAAGGAGAUCCCCAUUUUUAUAGGUGAGUGGUGGGAGAUGGACCUUAUUGAGGUGGACAGGAAGAUGACCCAUGGUUUCUUGUUUCAGUUUCCCAUUAAUUCUACGAUCAACGGAAAACUGGGAGAUCUCUAUAAUUGCCCUGGUACCUUGGUAGACAAUUCCGUUAUGGAGGUGGAGGAAGGCAAGACAUAUCUGUUGCGGAUAGUGAACGCUGCGCUUCUUUCGGAGUACUACCUCAAGAUCGCUAGCCACAGGUUCACGGUGGUUGCCGCCGACGCGAACUAUGUCAAGCCAUACACCACCGAUAUCAUCGCAAUUGCGCCUGGGGAGUCGGUGGAUGCACUUGUUGUCGCCGAUGCGCCUCCCGGCAAGUACUACAUGGUGGCCUUGGCAAACCAACAACCACCACCUGACACACAGAUUCCGUUGCUUGGCUCACGAAGGGUGGUGCAGUAUCGGGUAAAAUCAAGCAAAGAAGGAGAUCCACCUGGCGGUUCUUUAGUAAUGGCACCAAAAAUGCCUGACCAGCAUGACACAAUCACAACCUUCUACUUCCAUGGCAACAUAACCAGCGCCUUUCCUCACCCGCCGGUUCCGGUGGACGUCGACGAGCACAUGUUCAUAAGCCUUGGCCUAGGCUCCGUCUGCAGAGGAGGUCGUGUGUCAUCACCAUCAUCACCCUGCAGAGGGUUUGAAUUAAAUGAAUCGAUCUUGGUGGCCACCAUGAACAACAUAUCAUUUGAGCUCCCUACGAUAGUGCCAUUACUUGAAGCACACUAUCACAACAACAUGAGCAAUGCAGGCAUGGUGCACAAAUUACCUGACAGGCCACCUAUCAUGUACAACUUCACUGACCAAGCGAUGAUCCAAUAUGGCAGUGAGGAGGCGGCAUUGGAGUCAACGUCAAAGGCGACGACUGUUAGGAGGUUUCGGUUCAACACAACAGUGGAGAUCGUGUUCCAAAGCACAACUUUACUGCAAAGUGACUCCAACCCAAUGCACCUCCAUGGGCAUGACAUCUUCGUCCUCGCACAAGGCUUCGGCAACUACAAUGCUCAGAGGGACACAGGGAAGUACAACUUGGUGGAUCCCCCGGUGAGGAACACCGUCCUUGUUCCGGCGAUGGGGUGGGCGGUCAUCCGGUUUGUCACAAACAACCCGGGGGUGUGGUUCCUGCACUGUCAUUACGGAUUCCACAUGUCGAUGGGCAUGGCGGUGGUGUUCGAGGUGGAUGACGGACCAACAUUGGGUGCGACGCUUCCUCCACCUCCAACAGAUCUUCCGAGAUGUGAGCAUCAUAUGAGCAGCGUGGCGUAUGAAUAAUUAAUUAAGAACACGGUGCAUGGAUCCGGACGCGUGUCUGAGAAUGUUUAUGUUAGUUGUGCCGUGGCGAAUGAAUAAAACACUAGUGCUUCUGUACUUU